AAUGAAAAGUACAUCAAAUAAUCACACGAAUGUUCAAAUUUUCAUGUGUGUAGAGAGAACGAAUUUUCAUAUUGAUUUAAAUGUGUAAAUUUUAAUGUCUAUUGACUAAUAGAUGAUUUUAUUUUAAUAUACGGUUAUUAAAAGUAUUUGAUAGUAAAACUUAAUAUUUAAAAUGUUUUCAAAAUUUCUAUGUACCGAUGUACUUGCCAUUCGCUGUGUUGAUAAUUUCAUUUUUGUAGGUAUGGGAUGUGUAUUAUACAUUUUUAAUGCCAACACAUACAAAUUGGAAAAAAAAAUAAAUUGUCUUUAUCCAUAUAAUAUACAUGGAAUUGUUGAGGGUCCUAAAAACAAAUUAACUGUUUUUGGUGCUAACUAUUUUUCUACAUAUAAAAUUUACCAUAAACAAGAAACAUUAAUAAUUGAAGAAGAUUCUAGUAAAAAAAGACUUAAUGAUUGGAUUGUGGCAGCAGAAUGGGUGAUGUUUAAUGAAUGCGAUUAUCUAUGUAUUCUUUUAGCACACAAUAAUGUUUGUAUUUAUAACGUAUCUAGUGAAUGUUAUCAAAGCAUAUGUUGCGAAGAAAGAUGUAUUCUAUAUGCUGGCUCCAUAUUAAAUAACAGUAAUAGAGAUCUAAUCAUUUUUAGUGGAACUGUAUAUCAAGAAAUAUUGAUAUGGCAAAUAAAUUAUACUUAUCAUUCUAGAGUAUCUCCGGUUUUACAUCGUUUACAGGGGCAUAAUGGUGUAAUCUUUUCAAUCACAUAUGAUAUAGCUACACAAAUUAUUUGUUCUACCUCAGAUGACAGAACAGUCAGAUUAUGGAAAAUAAAUAACAACAAAAGUAAAGACUGUAAGCUUACAUUGGAAAGAAAAUCAGUGAAAACAAAUUGGAAAGAAAUUAAUAUAAAACUAAUGCGAACGAUGUUUGGUCAUACAGCUAGAGUGUGGAAAUCUAUCAUUAAAAAUGAAAUUUUAUUUACAAUAGGAGAGGAUUCUCUUAUAUGCAUCUGGUCAUUGGAUGGUAAACUACUUAACAAAGUUUGUGCUCAUCAUGGUGCUGCUAUAUGGAGUAUUGAAAUAUCAAAUGAUAAUAAAAGUGUUUUCACUGGUGGUGCUGAUGGUGCAGUUUAUGCAUGGCCUUUUGUUAAUGAUUAUGUUCAAAAAGCUGUAUUAAUACCAAAAGUACAUGCAUGUGCUUUGCCAAAAUAUGUUUGUUACUUGAGAAGUGGUAACCUUUUAAUUUUUGAUGAAAAUUCUACUUUAUUUAUAUUUAACAGUUGUUAUAAUAGUUUGCUAGGGUCAUUGUAUUUAAAGAAAUAUAGUACAUAUUGUGUUAUGGAAGUUUCUUUAUGCCAUACCUAUGUUUGUUUUGCAUCAAGAGAUGGAUAUAUAACAAUAUACAAAGAAGUUGCAGCUAAUAAAGAAUUACAACAGAUUAUAGAAACAAAGAUAAUGGAAUCACAAAUAUUUUCUGUACAGUGGCUGGGAGAUAAUAAAUUAGUAAUUUGUGGCCUAAAUGGAAUUUUAAAAAUAUUUAAUUUUACAGAAGGAGGAUUAAUUAAUAUAGAAUCAAUAUGUUUGUUACCAUAUAGUCGAGAACGUUGGUUAACAGCAGCUGUUUUAUAUGAAGGACUACUAGUGUGUGGAGAUAGAACUGGAAAUAUGCAUGUUUUUGAGCUUGAAAAAUCUGUAUCAUAUAAUGGAGCAAAUGUAUCUGAAGCAAAAAACAAACCUAUCCAAACUUUUGUUAAAGUUCAUGGAAAAAUUGGUAUUCAAAGUUUCAUAGUUUCGAAUUCAAAAUUAAUAUCUACUGGUCGUGAUGGAAUGUUAAAGUUUUAUGAAUUAAAUAAAUAUAAAAGUGCAAAGUUAUUAUGUGCUUUACAUAAACAAAAGAUGCCAAUGGAUUGGAUUAGCAGGCAUUUAAAAUCCUCUGAUGAUGUUCUUAUACUAGGAUUUAAAGAGGUAGAAUUUAUAAUAUAUAGUAUGUUCCAUCAUCGAACUUUGAUAAGAGUUCCUUGUGGUGGUGGGCAUAGAUCAUGGGAUUGUAUGUUACAAAAUGAACUUAUUACAUUUGUAUAUAUUCGUAAUAAGCAAGUAUAUGUAUCUGAUUUUUCAUUAACUUCUUCCAUGUUACCGGUUUUAUUGAAUGGUUUCCAUACAAAGGAAAUAUACUGCAUCAAUCCAAUAUCAAAAAUUGGUCAGUAUAAUAUUUUCAUAUCUGGAGGUGAAGAUAGUACUCUUCGCAUAAGCUACAUCUCAAGUACACUGAUGAAAAACAAUCUCACUUUUCAAACAUUGAGUAUUUUUGAUGGUCACAUCUCUAGUGUUAAAUUUAUAAACUGUUUAAAUUUACAAACUAAUCUUUUUUACAACAAAUAUCUCAUUUUUUCGGGAGGUGGAAGAGCACAAUUAAAAGUUUGGGAAAUUGAUAUAAAAGAUAAUAAAACAUCCUUACAAAGUACAGAUAUUUCUUGUCAUGAUAUUACAUCUCACAUGUUGUAUGGAUUUGAUCGUUAUCAUAAAAAACAGUGGCAAGAAUCUAAAUAUUCUUACAAUAUGCAACCUGAGAGUCGAUAUAUGGAUAUUGAAGUUUAUCGUUGCUCUAUAAAUUUACAUUAUAUAUUGCUCUUUGUUGCUUGUGCAGAUGGAUUUGUAAGAGUAUUUUUGUAUGAUAUUACUAUGAAAAGUAUUUCACUCAAAGCACAUGUGAAGUGUGUGGAUCGUUGUAUAACAAAAAUAACUGUUUUAACAUAUGAUGAAAAAAUAAUUGUCUUAACAAUGUCCACUGAUGGAAUCGGUCGAUUUAUUGAUUUCACCGAUACUAUUUCAAAGAUUAUAAUAUGUCCACAAAUUGAAGAACAAGAAUUUCUCAACUGUAAAAAUGCACACAUUGCAAAGUUUGAUUUACAUCAAUCUGGAAUUAAUUCAUAUGACAUAAAAGUGAUUGAAAAAAGCGAAUAUUUGUUAGCAACUGGUGGUGAUGAUAAUUUGUUCAAUGUUAUUUGUUUUAAAGUUCAGUUAGAAGGUAAAAAGAAAGAACUACAUAUUUCAUUGUUAUCAAAAUGGAGUACUGCAACUGCACAUGCUGCUCAAAUUACAGGAGUAAUAUUUCACGAAAGAAAUACAAUUUUUAGCGUUGGAGUGGAUCAGCAAGUAAAUAUGUAUCAUUAUGAUUAUAACAAUAGCACUUUAUCUGUAACAUUUUUGAAGAAAAUCUUUACAUUUGUAACAGAUGUAAAAGGCUUAACUUCAUGGUAUAAUUCAAAUGAUGAACCAGUCAUAUGUGUAUAUGGUAGAGGAUUUGAGAUAUUAAUCCUCUAACGUGAAAUAUAUAUUAUAAAAAACUAUGAUGUCAGUACGGUAUGGAAGUCAUUGUUUGGUCGUGAAGCUGAUAAAUUAGAACAUGCAAAUGAUGAUGAACGGACUUACUAUAUCAUAGAAAAAGAGGCACUAGUAAAUAAAUUUAUAUCAGUUCCAAAAGAUAAAGGAAGUCUAAACUGUGCUUCUUUUAUUGCUGGUAUAGUUGAAGCUAUCCUUUGUGAUUGUGGUUUU